AUGGCGGAGCUGGGGGACCCCCGGCAGCCUGGAGGGGGGAGCAUGGAGAGGGAGGAGCCCCGGGACCCCCGGGAACCUAAAAUGGAGGGCGUGGAGAAGGGGAGGCCUGGACAGUGGGGAUCCCUGGGACAACAGAGUGAAGAACCUGGAGAGGGGGAAUGUCUGGGAACGUGGCACCCAAAGGAUUUCUCUUUCCCAAAAUUUGGGCGGAUGGAGGAGGAGGCUGCGAGGAAGAAGAAGAUGCUGCGGGCCCCCCAGGCAGGCCCCGAGCUGAGGACGGAGAACACAGAGGACAAAUCCCCCCAGCAGAACCUGGUGGGAGAGGCCAUUUUAAACAGCUCCAUGGUGCAGGAAGGCAGCGGGGAGGAAAAGGGUUGGAGAUCCCCCCGGAGGAGGGGCUCCAAAGCCAACCUGGGGUGCUCUGAGGAGGAAAGACCCAGCCUGUGCCGGGAAGGAAGCCAGAGCUUGAGCCAGAGCUCCAACCUGGUGGUCCUUGAACAGCCUCCCAGCAGGGAGAAGCCCUUCAUGUGCUUGGAAUGUGGGAAGAGCUUCAGACAGAGCUCCCACCUCCUCACCCACCAGCACAUCCACACUGGGGAACGGCCCUACACAUGUAGGGAAUGUGGGAAGAGCUUCAGGAACAGCUCCAACCUCCUCACCCACCAGCGUAUCCACACCGGGGAACGGCCCUACACGUGUGGGGAAUGUGGGAAGAGCUUCAGCCAGAGCUCCAAGCUCCGCAUCCACCAGUGCAUCCACACUGGGGAACAGCCCUAUACUUGUGGGGAAUGUGGGAAGAGCUUCAGUGACAGCUCCACCCUGAUCCGACACCAGCACAUCCACACUGGGGAACGGCCCUACAUGUGUGUGGAAUGUGGGAAGAGCUUCAGUGACAGCUCCAGCCUGGGGAAUCGCAUCCACACCGGGGAACGACCCUACACAUGUGGGGAAUGUGGGAAGAGCUUCAGCCGGAGCUCCAACCUCCUCCCCCACCAGCGCAUCCACACCGGGGAACGACCCUACGCGUGCUUGGAAUGUGGGAAGAGGUUUAGAACCAGCUCAGAUCUCCUUAUGCAUGAGCGGAUGCACACGGAUGAGAGGCCCUUCCGCUGCACCGACUGUGGGAAGGGCUUCAAGCACAACUCUCACCUCGUCACCCACCGGCGCAUCCACACCGGGGAGAGGCCCUACAAGUGUGAGGAAUGUGGGAAGAGCUUCACCGACAGGUCUGACUUCAACAAACACCGACGGACCCACCGUUAA